GGCGGAGGAGGCGGCGGAGGCGGCGGAGGCGGCGGAGGCGGCGGCGGCGCGGCACGGGCGCCGUGGAAGCUGAGAGCAAGGGACGCCGCCCGGUGCCCUCCGCACGGAUGCCUUGCCCGCCUCGCCACCACGGUGCUGGCCGUGCUGCUGGUGUGGGCUGUGCCGCUCUCCGUGCUGGGAGCGGACGUCUUGCCCGGGGGCAACGUCUUCGGCCUGCUGCUGCUCCUCCUCAGCUCCAUGCUGGCCGGAGCCUUGCUCGCCCACGUCCGGCUGCCCGGCGUUCCGCCCAUCCCUCCGCUCCUCGGGAUGCUGCUGAUGGGCUUCGCACUGAAGAACGUGCCGGGCCAGCUGGUGGACGGCAUCGCUCAGGAGUGGUCGUCGGCGCUGAGGAGGGCGGCGCUCACCGUGAUCCUGAUGCGUGCCGGCCUGGGACUCGAUCCACAGUCUCUGAGGAGGCUCAAGGGCGUGUGUGUGCGCCUCUCCGUGCUGCCCUGCCUGGUGGAGGCUGUCUCCGUCGGGGUGACCGCCCACUUCCUCCUCCACCUGCCCUGGGUGUGGGGGUUCAUGCUGGGCUGCGUGCUGGGCGCAGUGUCCCCGGCCGUGGUGGUGCCCUCCAUGCUGGCUCUGCAGGAGCGAGGGCUGGGCACGGAGCAGGGCAUCCCCACGCUGCUACUCGCCGCUGGCAGUGUGGACGACGUUCUCGCCAUCACGGGCUUCAACGCCUGCCUCUCCAGCGCCUUCUCCACAGGCUCGUUGCUCUUCACGGUGCUGCGCGGGCCGCUGGAAAUCGUGAUGGGGGUCUUCUCGGGCCUGGCUCUGGGGCUCGUCCUCCGGUUCUUCCCGAGCCCCGACCAGGCGCACGUGGUGGCUUGGAGGACGACCCUGCUGUUGGCCACGGGGGUCCUGGCCAUAUUUGGUAGCGAGGCCCUGGGCUUCCCGGGGGCCGGCGGCCUCUGCUGCCUCAUGGUGCCCUUCGUGGCCGCUCGGGGAUGGGGAGACACCAGCGAGGCUGUGGCGGAGGCAGUGAAGGCCGUGUGGAUCGGAGUGUUCCAGCCUCUGCUCUUCUCCCUGAUCGGCGCCGAGGUCUCCCUCUCCGUGCUGGAUCCCCGCACCACAGGGCUAUGUGUGGUGGUGCUGCUGGUGGGGCUGCUGAUGCGCCUCCUCGUCACGUUCGGGGCCGUCGGCUGCGCCGGCCUCAGCGCCCGGGAGAAGCUCUUCGUGGCGCUCGCGUGGCUGCCCAAGGCCACCGUGCAGGCUGCGAUAGGCUCGGUGGCGCUGGACGUGGCGCGUCUCCGUGGCGACGCCGGCGCGCAGGCGUGGGGGCUGCAGAUCCUCACGGCCGCUUUCCUCUCCAUCCUGCUGACGGCUCCGCUCGGCUCGCUGCUCAUCGGCCUCACCGGCCCGCGUCUCCUCCAGCUGCCGCGCCAGUUGCUGGCGCCGCCCACCCCCCCUCCACCACCACCACCACCUCCUCCUCCUCCUCAUCAUCAUCCGGCCGAUGCCGGCGCGGAGGUGGACGGUCAGACUCUCGGUUUGAGUCCAGACAAAGCGGAGAUGGAGUCCACGUUUGAGGAGCAGCAGACACUGAUGUAACAUGGCUACCUGCUUAGGGUUCACUCACUGACAUCAGAACACCCGCCAGUGGCAGCUGUCUGCCGGUAGAGGCGGGAUACUCGCUCGCUGUGUAUGACAGCAAGUGAGGGAUUUCAGGGGUGAUUUUUAGUUGUCAAACAAAUGCAGGCGAAAACCCGGACCGGCAACGGUGGCGAUGAGCUCGAAGACUUGUGGCUUCGCCCUGCGUGACGACGGUGACGGUGGCGAACCACACGGAGGAGGAGGAGGAUAAGCGGGGCUGUGGCUGCGCGCCAGUUUGCUCCGCCUGCUGUUUGAUGUUCGUACGCGCGGAGCACUAAAGAGACGAGCAGCUACGGUUACCGCUUGGGUCGCAAGGUGCACCUAGCCUGGCGCAAGCCCUUGAGUGUUUUUUUUUUUCGACUGCGGAACGCGAGCCGUGCCCGAAGGCGUCGCGCGCAAGCAGACGAGAGCCGAGAACCGCGUAUUGUGCUGUCGCCGUUUGGCUCCGACUCGGCUCGGCAAACAGGUCCCAGUGGAAAAGAGAAAGGGAAGAACAAACAAAAAGCCUCACCUGAAACGUGCUGGCACCGUGCUGGCACCGUGCUGGCACCGUGCUGGCACUGGUGGCACCGUGCUGGCACCAUGCUGGCACUGGUGGCACCGUGCUGACAUUGCUGGCACCGUGCUGGCACCGUGCUGGCACUGGUGGCACCGUGCUGGCACCGUGCUGGUACCGUGCUGGCACCGUGCUGGCACUGUGCUGGCACGGUGCUGGCACUGGUGGCACCGUGCUGGCACUGUGCUGGCACUGUGCUGACACUGGUGGCACCGUGCUGGUACCGUGCUGGCACCGUGCUGGCACUGUGCUGGCACGGUGCUGGCACUGGUGGCACUGGUGGCACCGUGCUGGUACCGUGCUGGCACUGUGCUGGCACUGUGCUGACACUGGUGGCACCGUGCUGGCACCGUGCUGGCACCGUGCUGGCACUGGUGGCACCGUGCUGGCACCGUGCUGGCACCGUGCUGGCACCGUGCUGGCACCGUGCUGGCACUGGUGGCACCGUGCUGGCACCGUGCUGGCACCGUGCUGGCACCGUGCUGGCACUGGUGGCACCGUGCUGGCACCGUGCUGGCACUGGUGGCACCGUGCUGGCACUGGUGGCACUGCUGGCACCGUGCUGGCACCGUGCUGGCACUGGUGACACCGUACUUGCACCGUGCUGGCACCGUGCUGGCACCGUGCUGGCACUGGUGGCACCGUGCUGGCACCGUGCUGGCACCGUGCUGGCACUGGUGGCACCGUGCUGGUACCGUGCUGGCACCGUGCUGGCACUGUGCUGACACUGGUGGCACCGUGCUGGCACCGUGCUGGCACCGUGCUAGCACCGUACUGGCACCGUGCUGGCACCGUGCUGGCACUGGUGGCACCGUGCUGGCACCGUGCUGGCACCGUGCUGGCACCGUGCUGGCACCGUGCUGGCACUGGUGGCACUGGUGGCCCCGUGCUAUCACCGUGCUGGCACCGUGCUGGCACUGGUGGCACUGGUGGCACCGUGCUAGCACCGUGCUGGCACCGUGCUGGCACCGUGCUGGCACCGUGAUGGCACCGUGCUGGCACUGCGCUGGCUCGGCGUGGAUGGCCCCUUUGUAGAAAUGAGGAAUGGGUUUGGCGGACGGCCACUGCUGCUGCUGAUGUUGCAGCGUGUGUAAGCUACGAGUGCACGUGCGAGCGUCGUGUUUGAUGUGUGUUUGACACGUGUUCAGGUGUGUAAGCUACGAGUGUGCGCGUACGAGCGUCUUGUUUGACACGUGUUCGCGUGUGUAAGCUACGAGCGUGUGCGUACGAGCGUCGUUCGUGAGCGACGAUCGACCAUUUCUUGAAUCUCUCAUUGCACUGGAACCGGGCGUGGGGGGGGGAGGUAAUUUUUCGUGUUUACGGUCAGCUCCCUAAGACUGGGGAGACGCCAGAGCGGUGAACUCUGAACCACCCUGCUGGGCCAUCGCGAGAUUUCAUGCGGGAUGGAGCUCGUUGCUCCCGUGGUGAUUACUCGGUCCCAACGAGCGAUCUGUCGCUGCUCCCGAGCGAGCUUCGAGGCAUCGGUGCUCAUCGCCUCUCUGCAGCCCCUUGCAAAGCCCGUGGUUGGAAUUCCACAUUCACGUGGCCAGGGUGGAGAAUCUAUCCGCAAGGGGCAACUGCUCUUUUAUCGACCCUGGAGGGAGGGAUGAUGAUGAUGAUGGUGAUGAUGGGCCGAGUCGAUCCCCGCACGCAUUGCGCGCAAAGUGCUUGCCACAAGUGAACCACAGAUGCCUCGCUGGUCACCUCAAAGACCAUAAGCCAUCAUUAGGCGAACUCCGCUCAUCCUCGCAGCAGCGCCUUUCGCUGGCCGUCAAACAAAAGGCGGUGGUCGCCGCAUCGCUUGGCACUUCUGGACACGCUGCUGCGGCCACCUGGAUAGCUCUCUUGUCGGACGCCACUGGAGCUGCGCACUUUUAAAAUCAGCCAGAUUGACAAACACAGCGUCCUCCAUACCAUCAUCACCACCACCACCCAGAGGCUGUGGCAAUGUCAGCCCUGCUCGAGGGGAUGAUGGCACGGCACAGGUCAAGUGUCACGUUGAUUGUGUGACCGGGCGAGGACUCUUACCCCUUUCCCGUCCCGAUGACGACGUACGUGUACGUCGUCAAAAGGGAACCGGUAGGGAAACUUAAAGUAGCCUUUCCGGUAGCCGAGGCUCCCACAAGGCCAUGCGACAGGGCGCGUGGCACAGUUUGGCGCCGGCCAUCGUGGAGUGCGGUCGCGUCGCUACGGUUCUCCGUGGCGAGUAACGAUGUCUUCAGAAACAACGGCUCUGCUACGCCUCCCCAGAGAAAAUGAACGCCCGAGCCGCCUGCCGCGUUGCGGAGUUGAGCGGUGAACGGGACGACCGCAGCCUGCAACUUGCAGGCGUCCCCGGACCGGGAGAAGGUUUUGAAGAGACCAGGGUUGGAGUCUCGUUCGCAGGAGUGACCUGGUGGGGGGGGGGGGAGCUGGGGGGGUUACCACCAUCAUGCAAGCAAAAGCAUGCAAUUAAGUAGGGCGAUGAAGCAAAUAUAUGAAGGCCAUUGAUGAAGGCAUAUGUUCAAACACACGCGUGAUGAAGGCAUGCAGGCAGUGGUACACUGCUCUCAGCCGUGUCUAGACCACCAACACCGAUUGGCCAACGAUGUACUUUUAAACAUGUUUUUUUUUUAAAAACACAUGUUACAACAAGUGACAUUUUUUUUACGCUCCAGCUCUGUUAGAGCACGCGUGCGUUAGAACACUGCCCGUGUGGGUGUUAGAGCACGCGUGUGUUAGAACACUGCCCGUGUUGGUGUUGGAGCCCACGUGUGUUAGAACACUGCCCGUGUGGGUGUUAGAGCACGCGUGUGUUAGAACACUGCCCGUGUUGGUGUUGGAGCCCACGUGUGUUAGAACACUGCCCGUGUGGGUGUUAGAGCACGCGUGUGUUAGAACACUGCCCGUGUGGGUGUUAGAGCACGCGUGUGUUAGAACACUGCCCGUGUUGGUGUUAGAGCACGCGUGUGUUAGAACACUGCCGUGUGGGUGUUGAAGCACGCGUGUGUUAGAACACUGCCCGUGUGGGUGUUAGAGCACGCGUGUGUUAGAACACUGCCCGUGUGGGUGUUAGAGCACGCGUGUGUUAGAACACUGCCCGUGUGGGUGUUAGAGCACGCGUGUGUUAGAACACUGCCCGUGUGGGUGUUAGAGCCCACGUGUGUUAGAACACUACCGUGUGGGUGUUAGAGCACGCGUGUGUUAGAACACUACCGUGUGGGUGUUGAAGCACGCGUGUGUUAGAACACUGCCCGUGUGGGUGUUAGAGCCCACGUGUGUUAGAACACUACCGUGUGGGUGUUAGAGCACGCGUGCGUUAGAACACUGCCCGUGUGGGUGUUAGAGCACGCGUGUGUUAGAAAACUGCCAGUGUGGGUGUUAGAGCACGCGUGUGUUAGAACACUGCCGUGUGGGUGUUAGAGCACACGUGUGUUAGAACACUGCCCGUGUUGGUGUUAGAGCCCGCGUGUGUUAGAACACUGCCCGUGUGGGUGUUAGAGCACGCGUGUGUUAGAACACUGCCGUGUGGGUGUUGGAGCACGCGUGUGUUAGAACACUGCCCGUGUGGGUGUUGAAGCACGCGUGUGUUAGAACACUGCCGUGUGGGUGUUAGAGCACGCGUGUGUUAGAACACUGCCAGUGUGGGUGUUAGAGCACGCGUGUGUUAGAACACUGCCCGUGUGGGUGUUAGAGCACGCGUGUGUUAGAAAACUGCCAGUGUGGGUGUUAGAGCACGCGUGUGUUAGAACACUGCCGUGUGGGUGUUAGAGCACACGUGUGUUAGAACACUGCCGUGUGGGUGUUGGAGCACGCGUGUGUUAGAACACUGCCCGUGUGGGUGUUAGAGCACGCGUGUGUUAGAACACUGCCCGUGUGGGUGUUGAAGCACGCGUGUGUUAGAACACUGCCGUGUGGGUGUUAGAGCCCGCGUGUGUUAGAACACUGCCGUGUGGGUGUUAGAGCCCGCGUGUGUUAGAACACUGCCCGUGUGGGUGUUAGAGCACGCGUGUGUUAGAACACUGCCAGUGUGGGUGUUAGAGCACGCGUGUGUUAGAACACUGCCGUGUGGGUGUUGGAGCACGCGUGUGUUAGAACACUGCCGUGUGGAUGUUAGAGCA